CCUAAGCGUUGUUGGUCGGAUCGUGCGUUCGAGUUCCUUUCUCUAGAGAACUAUUUAACAAAGAUCUCCUCCGUCUUUUUCUAAAUGAAAUGAACGGGCGGGGCUGCUAGAUCGGGCGCGUUUUAAUAUGCAAUUACAUUCUUUGCAUGCAGAGCACUCCCCUGCACACACAAAUCAAAUAGCAUGAGAUCUAUCGAUCUGUAUAUUAUUUUCCAAGAGAUAUUUUCGUGACUGAGUGAAAGUAAUCCCUACAUGCCUUGGUACUAACGCUGGUAUCCCUAUGUGGGUCCGGGUUUGUUACAGCCUACACAAAACGCGCGCAGUUUUUGUUCCGCGGCGGCACCAGCAACUUGGCACGGCAGGCUGGGCUUAAAAGGGAAGAAUUUUGCCCCUUUCCCCCCUCCUCCAUAUAUAGAAUAUAUAUAUAUUCUAGUGACGGUGUCACAAUAAUAGCUGCAGGGGAUUUUUGCUGUGGAGACUGCUGCCGCUGAUCCGAUGUUCCGUGUUGUGGAGGGGCAGGAAAAGGGAGGACUCAGACAGGGUGCAGCUUGCUACAUUAGACUUUAUUUACAUACACAAAUCGCAAAGUGCGGACAGUGCCUGUCUCUUGCAACCUCUGUUUGAGGCUUGCGUGCCUGUGGAAGACUCCUCCAAGGCUGGAGAGCUCCGGGGUUGCGCAGGAAGCCCAGGAAGGGCGGUAAGGAGAGGGCGAGAUGCGAGAUUAGCGAUGACUUUGAUCGCCCAGAGCAGCGCGUUGCUGAGGGCUUGGGCUCAGCGGGGCUGGCGGCUGGCGCGGCGGCAGCCCCAGCUCCAGCUGCAGCGGGAUCCUUUGCCGAGUCCCGCCCGGUCUGGCUUGGGUGGUGGUGCUGCUGCGCUCCGGCCCAUCGUGGACAUGUCCUACUCCCGCCACUUUCUGGAUUUCCAAGGCUCUGCCAUCCCCACCUCCAUGAAGAAGCUGGUGGUGACUAAGCUGAGCCCAAACUUCCGAGAAGCUGUGAGCCUACGCCACGAUGUGCCUGUGCCACUCCCGGGAGACGGCGAUCUGCUUGUUAGGAACAGAUUUGUCGGCAUCAAUGCAUCUGAUAUUAACUACUCUGCUGGACGGUAUGAUACUUCAGUUAAGCCUCCAUUUGAUGUAGGUUUUGAAGGAAUCGGUGAAGUGGUAGCCUUGGGCCUAAGUGCCAGUUCUAGGUACACAGUGGGCCAACCAGUGGCCUAUCUGAGGCCUGGUGCUUUUGCUGAAUAUACAGUUGUGCCUGCUAAAGAAGCCAUCCCAGUCCCUUCAGUGAAGCCUGAGUUUCUGGCACUGCUGGUAAGUGGAGCUACCGCAUAUAUCAGUCUGAAGGAGCUUGGCGAAUUGUCUGAAGGGAAGACAGUUCUGGUGACAGCAGCAGCUGGAGGAACUGGCCAGUUUGCUGUGCAACUUGCAAAGAAGGCAAAAUGCCACGUGAUAGGAACUUGCUCCAGUGAUGAAAAAUCUGGCUUUUUAAAAUCUAUUGGCUGUGACCACCCUAUCAACUAUAAAACUGAAAAUAUUGCUGCCGUCCUUAUGAAGGACUACCCCAAAGGUGUGGAUGUAGUGUAUGAAUCUGUUGGUGGAAAGAUGUUUGACUUGGCUGUCAAUGCCCUGGCUAUCAAAGGGCAUCUGAUAAUUAUUGGGUUUAUUUCUGGCUACCAGACUCGUACUGGCCUUCAGCCUGGUCAUGUAGACAUGCUGCCAGCAAAGCUGCUAAGGAAAUCUGCCAGCAUCCGGGGUUUCUUCCUAAACCAUUACCUUUCCCAAUACCAAAUAGCUAUGAGACACUUGGUUGAAAUGUAUGAAAACAGAGAUCUGGUUUGUGAGGUGGACCUUGGAGACAUGUCCCCAGAGGGCAAGUUCACUGGCUUAGAGUCGGUAUUCCGUGCUAUAGAUUAUAUGUACAUGGGAAAAAACAUUGGAAAAAUUGUAGUUGAAUUACCUCACUCUGUCAACAGUAAGCUGUAAAAACAGAACAAUGAUAUAAAUCAAAAGAGGGAAAAUGAAUACUUUAUGCUUCACAAUAACAAAAAUGGUUUAAUUUCUUUAAAGUUGGCAGCGAGUAGCAUAUUAAAAAUAGCGUCUAUGUGUUAAUAAAAUUGUGAUUUGUAAGAGGUUUUGUAUUGAUAAAAACAGUUUGUCAUUUG